CACGUACGGGAAACAUUACGCCACGCUCCGCUACAGUCCUCCAGCAGUCGGAGCGGUUUGAAGAGGGAAAUAGAAACAUAGAAACCUAGAAUAGAAAUUGCAGGCAGCUCCGACCAAAUAGAAACGCUCGUCACCAUGGCCGAAGAAAAUAUCUUCCUGUUCGUGCCGAAUUUGAUCGGAUAUGCCCGUAUUGUACUGGCUCUGGUAUCCUUCUACCUGAUGCCCUGCUGCCCGGGUCCAGCAGUGUUUUGUUACCUACUGAGUGCCCUGUUGGAUGCCUUCGAUGGACACGCAGCUCGCGCUCUUAAUCAAGGUACAAAGUUUGGUGCCAUGCUGGACAUGUUGACAGACCGUUGUGCCACCAUGUGUUUGUUGGUGAACCUGGCACUGCUGUACCCGUCCUACACUUUCUUGUUUCAGCUCAGCAUGUGUCUGGACAUUGCCAGCCACUGGCUGCACCUGCACAGUUCCAUGAUGAAGGGAGCCACCAGUCACAAGACCAUUGACCUCUCUGGCAACCCCAUCUUACGGCUGUACUACACAUCCAGGCCGGUGCUGUUUUUCAUGUGUAUGGGGAACGAGCUGUUCUUCUGUCUGCUGUAUGUAAUGUACUACAUCAAGGAACCCCAGGUGUGGCUACAAUGGCUGCUGGGAGUUUGCAGCGUGGUCUGUGUGCUGAAGUCUGGCAUUAGUCUCCUCCACCUCAUCACCGCCUCCCGUAACAUGGCUGCUAUCGAUGUGGCUGACCGUGAGAGAGAGCGGAGCAAAGCACAAUGAGACAUGAGAGUAUGCAGAAACCAAGAAAAAUGAGACAAAGGCUGUGCAAAAGAGAUGAGCAGAAAAAAGAGUGAUGAGAUCGCUGGCCAGUAUAAAUGAGGAUGAGAUAAUGGAAAUCAAUUAUGGGACCACACAAAGCCUCAGUGAGCAUUUAUAUUUAUUUGAAUAUAGAUUAUCAAUGCUAUAAUGCCAGGGCAAAUUCCUUACGAGUUUUACCCAUAUUCCUGUAGUUGUGCUUUUCAUUGCUGUUGAUGGAACUAGUAGUUGCACAAUGAGUGUACCAUGUUUAUGUCAUCUUUGGGGUGUCAUCAUAUUCAUUUUUAUGUUUGAGGGUUAAUUUAUUAGUUAAUGGAAUAAUCAUGUAUCAUUUAAAUGGAAUUUAGAAUAGCUCUGCUAUUUAAAACCAACAUUUCCACACAUGCACACACACACACACACACACACAGACAGGCACAUUCCACGCUUCAGCUGAAAGCCACUUGAGUAUUACUGUAUUUGGCCAUUGUUUUAUCAUUAGUUGUGGUAUUUAAUUAUUUUGAACUGUCUGUAUGAGCCUGUCUAUAACUGUUUUAUUACACUCACUGUUGUUUUUGUUGCAGGUAUAUCAAAGAAUGUUUAUCUGUUUGAAUAUUAGUUUGAAGAGUGUGAAGCCAUUAUUAUAUUAAGCAAGUGGCUCAGGCAUCAUUUUCGUCCAUAGCCUCCUGAAUGUAUUAUUGGGUUGUGGUAGAGGGGUAGACGUACUGUUUGCUGUCUAAAGUUUUACAGCUGUUGUUAUAAAUGAUCUGAAAUAUAUGAGAGUUAUAUGAUUGGAGAAAAGUAAUUUUGUACUGUAACUGAUGAUUUGACAAUAAAGAUAUCCUGACAA